UUAGACAGAAAAACAUUGUCAAUGUUUUCGCGUCUGCUUCUUAUAUUCACUGCAAUGAACCUGAUCAUAUUUCUCAUCUGUCUGUAUCAUGUCAAUUCUGAGAUUAUCAAGAUUCCAUUGCAUCCAGCGACUGGAAUCAGUUCAAUGCUGAAUCCAUAUCGGAGACUGGUCAGGUUGUUCCAACGAAGUUGGAUGAAUUUAUUGAAUGGUGGAGAUACACCAACAUCAGAACCGCUGUAUAAUUAUGGCAAUAUUCAGUACUAUGGAGAAUUACUAGUGGGAACGCCACCACAAAAGUUUCGUGUACUCUUCGACACAGGAUCAACCGAAACCUGGCUUCCCUCAAGAAAAUGUUGGUUUCUCGACAUUCCGUGUUGGUUCAUUCGAUUCUACGACAGUUCGAAAUCAUCCACCUACCAGUCGAAUGGUACCGAAUUUAAUAUAAGUUACCUCAGUGGUAGUUACUCUGGAUAUUGGAGUAUGGAUACAAUGCAGAUAAACUCCUUAGUUAUUCGCAAUCAGCCGUUUGCUGAAGUGACAAAUGUGUUUUCCGACGAUUUCUUUGGUAGUAAGUUUGAUGGAAUCGUUGGUAUGUCAAGGAGGAUUGUAUCAAGAUAUGGGAACCUUCCAUUCUUCCCGAAUAUACUCUCUCAAUCAAAGGAUAUGGAUCCAGUAUUUUCUUUCUAUUUGAAUCGGGAGAAUGGUCAUGUUGGUGGAGAGAUGGUGAUUGGUGGUGUCAAUCCUGAAUAUUUUAUUGGAGAUUUCGAAAACUUGCCUGUCGUUUCUGAAAACAGUUGGUCUGUUAUAAUCAAAAGCAUGAAGAUAGCUGGAGCAGACUUUUGCCUUGGAACAUGUGUUGGUAUUAUAGAUACUGGAACGUCUUUGAUACUGGGACAUAGUAGAGUGGUGGAUGCGAUUAAUGAUUAUCUUGGUGCCAGAUUGAGUGACCAUGGUGAGUACUCAUUCGACUGUAGUCAUAUUCACAUGCUCCCUGCAAUCAAGUUUGUCUUCAGGAAGAGGACCUAUGUACUUGACCCGAAGGAUUACGUGGUUAAGGAGGAAAACUGGCUGUAUACAGACUGUACAUCACCCUUUGUCAGUAGUGAUGAAUUACCCCCUGGAUAUUGGGUUCUCGGCGAUGUAUUCAUGAGCAAGUUUUACACUGUAUUCGAUUUCGGUGAGUCACAGAUAAGAUUGGCAGAUGUUAACAGUGGCUAAACCUCCUUGU